AUGAGGCUACAUAACCUCAUCCCCGGGUUUCUCACUGUGCCAUUAGACAAGAAUAGAGCUCGGUCCACAUUAAGUCUGGACAUUCUGCCAGUGAGGCAGGUUGGAGUAUAUCAGUUACAGCAAGAGGCCCCUCGUCCCAAGAGGAUCAUUUGUCCUGGGGAGGUGGAGAACAGACCAAAAUAUUAUGGAAGAGAGUUUCAUGGGAUCAUCUCCCGGGAGCAGGCAGACGAGCUUCUCGGAGGCGUGGAGGGCGCCUACAUUCUUAGAGAAAGCCAACGCCAGCCAGGAUGCUACACGUUAGCUCUAAGGUUUGGAAACCAGACUUUAAACUACAGGCUCUUCUAUGAUGGAAAGCACUUCGUGGGCGAGAAGAGAUUUGAAUCGAUUCACGAUCUGGUCACAGACGGCUUGAUAACACUGUACAUAGAAACAAAAGCUUCUGAAUACAUUUCCAAAAUGACAACAAACCCCAUUUACGAACACAUUGGAUAUGCCACUCUGCUCAGAGAAAAAGUAUCCAGGAGGCUGAGCAGGUCGAAGAACGAAUCAAGGAAAACAAGUGUCGCAAAUGAAGAACACACGGCGGUUGAAAAGAUCUCGUCCCUGGUCCGAAGGGCCGCCCUCACGCACAACGACAACCACUUCAACUAUGAGAAGACACACAACUUCAAGGUCCACACGUUCCGAGGCCCGCACUGGUGUGAAUACUGUGCCAACUUCAUGUGGGGGCUCAUCGCCCAAGGGGUUCGGUGCUCAGACUGUGGAUUGAACGUACACAAACAGUGUUCCAAGCACGUUCCCAAUGACUGUCAACCUGAUCUCAAGAGGAUCAAGAAGGUGUACUGUUGUGACCUCACAACACUCGUAAAGGCUCACAACACUCAGAGGCCCAUGGUGGUGGACAUAUGCAUACGGGAAAUCGAAGCAAGAGGAUUGAAGUCGGAAGGUCUUUACAGAGUCUCUGGGUUCACCGAACACAUUGAAGAUGUCAAAAUGGCAUUUGACAGAGACGGUGAAAAGGCAGAUAUAUCUGCCAACAUCUAUCCAGACAUAAACAUCAUCACUGGAGCCCUUAAACUGUACUUCAGAGACUUACCCAUUCCUGUUAUCACCUAUGACACCUAUCCCAAAUUUAUCGAAGCAGCGAAAAUCUCCAAUGCAGACGAGAGGCUGGAAGCCGUCCAUGAAGUGCUGAUGCUGCUGCCUCCCGCCCACUAUGAGACCCUCCGGUACCUGAUGAUCCACCUCAAGAAGGUGACUUUGAAUGAAAAGGACAAUUUCAUGAAUGCUGAAAAUCUGGGGAUCGUGUUUGGGCCCACCCUGAUGAGGUCCCCUGAGGACAGCACCCUCACCACCCUCCAGGACAUGCGGUACCAAAAGCUGAUUGUGCAGAUUUUAAUAGAAAAUGAAGAUGUUUUGUUUUAA